AUGAGAAAUCUGAAAAAAUUUUGCAAAUUUUUUUGAGAUCUAUUGCCAACCAUACCUAUCCUAUACGAGCUAGUCCUUGUCUUCCAUAUCUCAGCUGUCUGCCAGAUGGAGACGGCAUCUGCAUGCCUCUGCGACAAAGCAAAGCAUCUUGCUUUUGCUGCAAACAUAUAUGCAUCCUCUCCACCCGGCCGUCUCUCCUACGAUUACUCUCUAUAAGAUUUGCAGGCUGCAUAUUGGAGUGGAGUGGAGUGGAGAGCUUGCAGCACCGGCCGUGACAGUUUCAUCGAUCAUCAUCAGCUCGUCAUCACCAUGAGGCUGCCGUGGCCGUGGCGGCGGAGGCCGGCGCCGCAGCAUGGCGAGGUGCCGGUGGCGGUGGGCACCCAUCUCCACGUCGCGGCCAGUGACAGCCACGACGACGACGACGACGACGGCGCCGAGUCCACGGCGUCGUCGGAGCACAGCCACCUCACGCUGCCGGUGGAGGAGCCGGUCCACAUCGUCGACGAGGCUGAUUGCUACGACGUGGCCGGUUCCGGUUCGGAGGAGGAGCUGCCGAGCGGCAGCGAGGAAAGCGAUGGCGCGACGGGGCACGCCGAACGCCGGGCGAGAGCGCCCCGGAGACGACACGACCACAGCCCGAGAGGGAGGAGGAGGCGGCGGCGAUCUGCCCGUGUGCCGGCGUUCAUGGUCGCCGGCACCGCCGCGGCGGUCAUGCUGCUCGUGCUCGCGGCGCUCGUCGCGUGGAAGAGGCGGCAGCGCGCCGCCAGCUAAGGUGGAUGGCGCGCAGGCUGCGGUAAUAUGUGUGGUGUGGCAGACGGCCGUACUACGGUCGAGGUGUGUGUAUGUGAGCCCGGCUAUAUGUAAAAGUUCAGCGGUGAACUUUUUUUACUAUACCUUUUUUAUGAUGGUGUGCAUCUAAAGCCAGAAAUCAUUUGUAAUACCUCAAAGGCACGUCAAGGAACGUGUUGUCGGGAAAAAAGUUACAGCUAAAAAAAAACAUUUUGACUUUUUAGAUGAGA